AUGAAGAACUGGAGUGGAGGACAAGUGGAAGAGUUUGUUUUAGUAGGCUUUCCCACCUCCCCUCUUAUCCAGCUGCUUCUCUUUGCCCUCUUCCUUGCACUCUUUUUGAUGACCUUGCUGGAGAAUGCACUCAUUGUGUCUACAAUCUGGCUCACACCAAGUCUACACCGUCCAAUGUACUUUUUCCUUGGUCAUCUCUCUUUUCUGGAGCUAUGGUAUAUCAAUGUCACAGUUCCCCGACUUUUGGGAGCUUUUCUUACACAGAACCGAAAGAUUUCCUUCAUUGGCUGCAUGACCCAGCUCUACUUCUUCAUUGCAUUAGCCUGUACAGAAUGUGUGCUGUUGGCAGUCAUGGCUUACGACCGUUAUCUGGCGAUCUGUAAGCCUCUUCAUUACCCCAGCCUCAUGUCUUCCACUCUGGCCACUCGCCUAGCUCUUUCUUCUUGGGGGAGUGGUUUCUUCAGCUCUAUGAUGAAGCUUCUCUUUAUUUCUCGACUCUCUUAUUGUGGACCCAACAUCAUCAACCACUUUUUCUGUGAUAUCUCCCCACUACUCAACCUCACCUGCUCUGACAAGGAACAGGCAGAGCUAGUGGACUUCCUCUUGGCCCUGGUGAUGAUCUUACUCCCUCUGCUGGCUGUAAUUUCUUCAUAUGCUGCCAUUAUUGCAGCCAUUUUAAGAAUUCCAACUGCUCAGGGACGGCACAAAGCUUUCUCCACCUGUGCAUCUCACUUGGCUGUGGUUGUCAUCUUCUAUUCCUCUACUCUUUUCACCUAUGCAAGGCCUCGGGCCAUGUACACCUUUAACUACAACAAGAUAAUCUCUGUGCUUUAUACUGUCAUUGUGCCAUUUCUUAAUCCUGCCAUCUACUGCCUGAGGAACAAGGAGAUGAAGGAUGCCCUCAGGAAGGCAGUACUGGGAAGGUGUUUCUAUGCUAGUGAUGCCCCUUGA